AUGGAUGGGUUUUGCGAUGCAGUUGAGCAGAGCGACCUCUCUGACUUUUCCUUCGAUGGCCAUAAAUACACCUGGGAAAAAUCGCGGGGAAAACCAGGAUGGAUCCAAGCAAAACUCGAUAGGGUCUUGGUUUCUGAUGAUUGGCGUGUGAAGUUUGGGGGAGCCAGGGCUCAUUCGAUUGUCUCUUCCAGAAGCGACCACCUUCCGAUGUUGUUGCAUGUCCAUCGGAAACAAGCUAGUCAGUGCCCGCAGCGCUUUAAAUUCGAAAAUCUAUGGCUGAAAGAAGCGAGUUGCCGGGAGGUUGUUAUAGCAAGCUGGAACUCGUCGAAUGGUCUGGAAUUAGUUGAUCGUAUAGGGUGGUGCACGGCUGCGAUAUGGAGCUGGGGCAAAGUCUUUACAAAGAAUUUCGAAAGAAGAAUCCAAUACUGGGAAAGACGCAUACUAGUACAAAACAGUGCAUUAGCGUCGGUUGUACAAAGCAAUAGGCAUCUGUUGUACGACAGACGCCUAUGA